UCUGAUAGGGGGCUUCAUUGGAUAUUGCGCUGCGUACUUGAUACACGCUUUGAAAUCACAGUCGUGUUACACAUCACUAGGCAGCAUGGUGUGGAGUAGGCGGCAGUAGAGAGGCGCAGCGGCGGUGUUUGUUGUCGUUGUUAUCAGCGAGUGACAGUGACGGGCAACGCAUAGCCGCACACUGAGGGCAGAGCAGCGCAGAAAUGGAGCUGUGAAACACGUCUGCAUCAGCGAGGGCCUGAUAAUGGCCAGUCGAGGAUGCUAGCGUUACCAUGGGCAGCGUCACUCUGCGCUACUUUUGUUAUGGAUGUCUCUUUACCUCUGUGACCUGGUCAAUUCUUCUCUUCCUGUACUUCAACCUCAGUCAGGAUGCCCACGUGUCCUUUAGAAAUGUGCCCAUCAAGGGGCAGCACCGAUUCCAGCCUCGCUUCACCCACAGUCCGGUGGUCCAGCUGAGAGACGAUGGUCAGGCCCGCAGAGGUCAUGCUGCCAAACCAGACCUUUCUCCAGAGCUGGGAAUGAUUUUUAACAAGCAGGAUCAAGAGGUACGAGACGAGGGCUAUCACAGUCACGCCUUCAACGUGCUCAUCAGUAACCGCCUCGGAUACCACAGAGACGUCCCUGACACCAGGAAUGACAAGUGCGGAGACCGGAGAUAUCCUAUGGCCUUGCCCUCGGCCAGCGUGGUCAUCUGCUUCUUCAAUGAGGCGUUCUCUGCGCUCCUGAGGACCGUUCACAGCGUGCUGGAUCGCACACCAAACUACCUGCUCCACGAGAUCAUACUGGUGGAUGAUCACAGUGAACUGGAUGAUCUGAAGGAAGAUCUGGAUGUUUACAUUCAGCAGCACCUGCAGAAGAAGGUGAAGCUGGUUCGUAAUGAGAAGAGGGAGGGGCUGAUCCGCGGGAGAAUGAUCGGCGCAUCUCACGCUACAGGUGAGGUGUUGGUGUUUUUGGACAGUCACUGUGAGGUGAACGAGGUGUGGCUCCAGCCGCUGCUCACACCUAUCAAAGCAAACAGAAAAACGGUGGUGUGUCCCAUCAUUGACAUCAUCAGCGCAGACACACUGGUAUACAGCCCCUCACCCAUUGUGCGAGGGGGAUUCAACUGGGGCUUGCACUUUAAAUGGGACCCUGUGCCCAUGUCUGAACUCAACAGUCCCGAUGGAGCUAUCAGAUCUCCCACUAUGGCGGGUGGGCUGUUUGCCAUGGACAGGAACUACUUUUACGAGCUCGGUCAGUACGAUCGUGGCAUGGACAUCUGGGGAGGAGAGAACUUGGAAAUCUCUUUUCGGAUCUGGAUGUGUGGGGGUCAGUUGCUGAUCAUGCCGUGUUCCAGGGUCGGGCACAUCUUCCGCAAACGCCGGCCAUACGGGUCACCCGGAGGUCAGGACACAAUGGCACACAACUCCCUGCGUCUGGCCCAUGUCUGGAUGGAUGAAUAUAAGGAACAGUACUUUGCCUUGCGUCCUGAGCUGAGGAAUCGUGACUGUGGAGAUAUCAGUGAGCGAGUCGCCAUUCGUAAACGGCUGCAGUGUCACUCCUUUAAAUGGUACCUUGAAAACAUCUACCCUGAGAUGCAGGUGUCCUCCCCACACAAGCCCCAGCAGCCUGUUUUUAUCAACAAGGGCUUGAAGAGACCCAAAGUCCUGCAGCGGGGUCGGCUGCGUAAUAUGCUGGCUGAAAAGUGUCUGGUGGCACAGGGGCGUCCCAGCCAGAAGGGCGGCGCUGUGGUGGUGAGAAACUGUGACACGCAGGACCCUGAGCAGGAGUGGUCCUAUGAUGAGGAGCAUGAGUUGAUUCUAGCAGGUCUGUUGUGUUUGGACAUGUCUGAGAUUCGUUCCUCUGACCCGCCGCGACUCAUGAAGUGUCACGGAUCAGGUGGAUCUCAGCAGUGGACACUGGGGGUUACAACCUCAGUAAUGCAGUUGGGUGCGCAGGAGUGGUUGAUGUACCUGGUGGAUGAAAGGAACAAAACUAUAGACCUGAACACACUCAAUGCAAGAAUGUGAGUGCAAAUGCUUCUAGCUACACAAACUCUUUUCUGUACCAUUUCUAUGCGAAGCUCAUACCACAAUUCAUAACAUAAUGCAUUUUCAGCAUUGCUGCAAGGAUGCUUUAGCGGAAAUUAGUGUACCAUAUUUUACGGAAUAUAGGUUGCAUUUUUUUUUCAUCAUUUGAAAGGUCCUGAAAUUUAUAAUACAAUGUGACAUAUACAUAAUUUAUACAUAAUUGAUGUUAGCUGGUUAAACACACACAUACCAAACAAAUACAGUAAACUUGCACACAAACAUAUGAAAACAUCAGUACUAGAGUGGGUAAAGGAGUUUUUAAGUAGCCUAUUCUACAGAAUUUUGCCUUUACAAAGAACUUUAUGGAACCAAAUUAGAUAUUCUGUAUAGGGGUGGGCAGGCUAGUUAUCAUACCCACAGGUCCUCAUAUAGGGGACACCCUAAUCAACUAUGAAGACAAUACAAGAAACAGCCCAGUGGUCCUCCGAGGUGGGAUGGAUGAUGGGCCAAUUAGGACGGACUCUACGGAUAUGACUGGAAUGGCCAUAACAAAUGACCUAAGGAAAUGCAUUUGCAGAUGGAUGAGUAACAAUUUACAUGAGUCUGCGAAUUCAUCAAGGAAGGAUGAAAUGUGGCAGGAAAAGCUAGACACAAACUUGCACUGCAGCUGCAGAUAAGACAAGAAAUAUACAGAGUCUGGUUGAACAGCAAAACACUGUGGAGGUAUUGAAGGCAUUGUGGGAUGGCAUAAGGGCUAGGUUAACAGUUGAGGAUGGCAGAGAGAUUUUUCGGUGAAGGAGGAAGGAGCAUGAAAGUGUGAAUUUCACCAAGGUUCCUUUUAUGUUUGCCAGAAAGCUUUUGGAAGAGAAGAAGAGUGGAAAGCUAAUGAUGGCAAUGCAAUAACUAUAAGACCACUUGAAACAACAGCUUGGUGAUCCCCAGAUACACAGCCCACUCAGCUCCCCCCGGAUAUGUCCCACGGGCAGCAGUCUCAUUAGUGGGAUUUGAUGUAGCUCCACCCAAAUUGAGUGAGAUUAGGCAGGUGGUAGAAAAAGACAGGGUAACCUCAACCCCGGGUCUGAAUGGGAUACCAUGUAGGUUGGAUAAGACGUGUUAUGGAAACUACUUUCAGUGGCAAGGAUGGACACCAAGGCCAACAGUUACACCAGGAAGUGGCUUGGCUUGCCACGUUGUUUUUCAGAUGCAGCAUUGUUUGGAAGAAAUUACUUAUAUUUGCCACUGAAUCCAUCACCCUGGGCUACAAGCAGUAAAAGACCAGGUUAUUCUUAGAACUAAGUGAAUUGACAGACCAGGCUGUGAGGGCUAGUCAAGCCCAGGUUUGAAUAAGCUACACUUGGAAGGCAGAGGAGGUUGGUAACAGGGUAGUUUCAAGACUGAAGCAAUAAGAGAUUGUUUGAAGAACCCAAUAUUAGUGUACCUUAUUUUCCAGAAUAAAAAUCAUGUUUUUUUUUCAUCAUCUGAAAGGUCCUGCAAUUUAUAAUCCAAUGCGGCAUAUACAUAAUUUAUACAUAACUGAUGUUAGUUGGUUAAACACACACAUACUAAAAGACAUACAGUAAACUUACACACAAACAUAUGAAAGCAUCAGUAAUAGAGUGGGUAAAAGCGUUUUAAAGUAAAUUAUUAGAGCAGUAAGCCAGGGAGGGUACAUCUGAUAGAGUUUUAGGAUGGGUUGACCUGUGGAAGGUACCCCAGGCCAGACAAAAUUCUAAUAAGAUCCCCCUAUGAUACUCAUCCAAGCCCUUGAAAUUUGUCUCUGUGUUUUGGCAAAGAGGAGAGUUGUCCCCUCUGCUGCACGGCAUGAUCAGGUCCUGCGAAAGUUGGCAGAAAUCCUAGAAGUGUGUAAAGGCAAACAAAGGCCACCAUGCUCCUCAGAGGAUGUUCACUGAGUUUGUUAAAAGGGGAAGUGGCACAAGGCACUGCACAGAGGGAAGCAAGAUCAAUCCGGACACUUGGUCAAUGGUGGUCGACCUUGGCCAGCAACUGAAAUUUCCUUCUGAGGUCACCAUAACCUCCUUUAGACCAUAGUUUUAUGGUUGGUGUUAGCAAGGAAAGUCAUUGAUUGAGCUGAAAGUUGCAUGGAAGGAGGGACAGGAGGGAGCCUAUGAGAGAAAGAAACUAAAAUAUGCUGAUCUAGCUGCAGAGUGCAGGGAAAAUGGAUGGAGGACUGCCACUUACCCUGUGGAGAUCAGGUGUCGAGGAUUUAUGGGAAGAUCAAUGCAGCAUCUAUUGAAAGACACUGGUAUCAUUGGAUCAGCACAGAGGAAGUCUCUGAAGACAAUGGCAGGGUAAGAUAAGAAAGGGAGCUUCUGGCUAUGGUUAAGAAGGAUUAAAAGUGUUGUGUGCAGAGGUGAUAAAGUAGGAAUAUGGAACAUUUGUGAUAUGUGGUGAUGUAGCAUGUAGAAGAGGUGGGGAGGAAUUAUUCACACUGAUGCACUCUGUCCUUUUCAGGGGGUUUCUGGAGAGAGAUUGAGUGGGAAAGCGAAACCAUGCCAAGCUAGGCAUUGGUGGGGCAGCUGACACAGUCUUGCAGCUUAACUAUUAUGUCAAUCUCCUCCUUAAUCUGUUGGGGGAUUGGUUGAAGGGUAGGCAUUGGAGGGUGGUAGGCGUUGUCUGAUAGCUUGUCAGAGAAGAGCCCUUGGACACUUGUGGGGAGGAUUGAACUGUAAAGGAAAAAGGUCUUGAUGGGGAUGUGAAAACUAGAAGCAAUGGAUAGCAUCCAGUGUCCAGCUGUGGGGGGUGGCUGGGAGACGUCCCUAACCACUGCCCCACCACAAGGAGAUAAUCCAGAAAUAAUGUUGCUAAACAUCUGUGAUGGGAGGCUCCCGGCUGAUGACCCUGUAGCUGGAUGGCUGAAGGUAGAGGUGCAACAGGCAAUAAUACCCAGCAAGUUUAAAUAUUUACCUGUGCAUCUGAUUCUGUCCCAUCAUAACACUGUUAUGAUGGGACACAAAAUCUAAACCACUGUCCAACACAACUUCUCACAUGCCCACAAAAUGACGUUUCCUCACACUUAGUACAAACAUUCAGUCAGUGAACUGUACAAUUAGAGCAUGCAAACAGAGCUGCAAAUCUCAGAAAUAACUAUGAUCAACUGUUGCUAAAGUUAAUGUAUGGAAUACUACAGGUAGAUUGAUUUACUCACAGUCUAAAAGCUGUUUAUUUGGAUAGAGCAUAGAUUUAUAUAUGUUAGAAACAGAUGUGGCCUAUUUAACAUAUAAACAGAUAAUGAAAAACUGUUUCCGACGAUUACAUAAAGCUAUUCUUCCCAUUAAAACCAGGAUAAAUACUGUGUGAUAUGACACAUAGAUCCUGAGGUCAUCUUCACAGACCGUGCCUGACAUGUUGAGCGGCAUAAAUUAAAGUUGGGUGGCUGCUCCCACGGUUCCUAGUGCCUGCCGUAUGCAACCACUGUCAGUGUGACUUUUUCAGAGAUACAACUUGUCAGUGUUUUUUUUUUUCUCUUAAAGCAAUUUUGAUCAGGUGUGAUUUAUAUUUGAUAUAUUUCUAUUUAUUCUUUUUUUUUUCUUAAUUGGUUUUAUAAUGACUUUUUAUCUACCCUGAAUGUUCUUUUUCAUUCUUAUGUAAAGCACUUUGAAUUUCCAUUGUUUAUGACAUUUUAAUAUAAAAAAAUUUGCCUUGCCUUAUAUUUAGGUGUGACUUUUUUCCUGAAAAUUCAGUAAAUUGACUUAUAUUAAGUUUUCUCUUUCAGGACAUCUACUGUCAUAGCUGAACAAUAGUUUGAAGAAAAUCACUUUAACUGAACUGAACUCACAUUAACUGAACAAGUAAUUUAAGUUACUUUUAAUUAGACAUUUUUUUUAGCUAGCUACAUGAAUAAAAACACAUUGGUUUAAUGCCACAGACAUUUGAAGAUAACUAUCCCCCCCUCUAUUGUACUGAGGUUUAAGAAUUUCACAUUUGUGUAUAUGCAAUAAAGUUGCUUUUUGUAUCUAAAGCUUACAAUGUUGGUAUGUUAAUAACAAAUAAAAAGUUA